AUGCCGGUCCCUCUUCACAGUGAUUCAACAUCUAAUAUAAAAAAUGACACAAAAGAAUAUGGAUAUCUUAAGAAUAUAGAUAUAAUUAUUUGGGAUGAAGCACCUAUGGCACCACGACAUAAGUUAGAAUUAGUCAAUCGUACACUGUGUGACAUAAUGAAUAAUGAUUUACCAUUUGGUGGGAAAAUAGUAGUUCUUGGUGGUGAUUUUCGGCAAUUGCUUCCGAUUAAGGUAAAUGCAACACGUAGCGAAACAAUAAAUUUAUCAAUUAAAUUCAGUUCUUCAUGGAAGUGCUUCACAAAGUUUACUUUAACACAUAAUAUGCGAGCACUACCGGAAGAAAAAGAAUUCGUUAAAUUUCUAUUGACCAUAGGUAAUGUUACUUCAAAUAAUAGAGAUGAUUAUGCAGAUAUUCCGGAAAACUGUAUUCCACCAAAUAAUUCUAACAUCGUUCAUGACAUAUAUGGUGAUUUGAUUAAAAAUAAACAUUAUGAUGAUUUUACAAAAGUAGCAAUUCUGUCUCCUAGAGAUGCUGAUGUUAACGAAAUAAAUGACCAAGUAAUUGAUCUACUGGACGUUACAACUGAAAAAAAUUAUACAACCUUGCAAGCCACGCGCCAAGAAUCGUCACUCACGAGUACAAUCUCACGACCUCCAAAUACAAUACCAAUAUCAUUGAAUUCGGGAACGGCAAUACAACCUAGAAAUCAUCUAUCUUUGCCAAAUAGUUACAUUUCUAGCACAUUGAUGCCCAGAGAAGUGUUUCCAGCGGCUGCUGUCUCACAAGCUGCAAAUCCCCUCACGGCUGACCGUUUUGCCUUGUGGCAGUCAACGGCUAAUGCACUCAAUUCCAACUACAAUAAUUCGAGCUCUGUGAACCUGGCAAUUGACCCUUGA